AUGUCGCAACAGUAUCCGACUUCCGGACAGGAUGGAUAUGGUCAACAACCUCCUGCACAGCAAUACGAGAAUUAUGACCAUUCUCCUCCUCCAGUAGCCCCUCCACCCGGUGGCGCUGCUUCUCAAGCCGGCCGAAAGAAGCGUGCUUAUGCUGGCCAGGCAUAUGAGUUUGGGGCCGGAGCCAACGCCGGUCUAGGUGGUCAACAACAAGCUGGAGGCGCUGCACCCUAUCCCGGGUUUUCCAGCCAACAAGAUGCUGCCGGAUAUCCCCAAGGAGGCUAUCAACAAAAUCCCGCAGCCGUGCAGGAGAAUGCCACCCCCAUGUAUCCGGGUCAAGAGCCUGCAGUAGGAGGCUACCAGCCCCCUGGAGCAAGUUAUCCUGCCCCUGGAGGAGUGAGCGGGUUGGGAGGACUCACUCAGCAGUUUGGUCAAAUGGACCUUGGUCAAAAACCGGUGCCUGCCGCGGCACCUCCACAACAACAACAACAACGGGCACCCGUCCUAAACCAACUAUACCCAACAGACCUAUCGAAUCAGCCCUUGAACGUGGCCGAAUUGGAUUACCCUCCUCCACCAGCUAUUCUGCCAGCCAAUACAAGUGUGACUCCUUCGCCAUAUGCCAAUUGCCCCCCGAAAUACGUUCGCUCUACUUUGAACGCUGUGCCAACCACUCAUUCUCUUCUCAAGAAAUCCAAGCUUCCGUUCGCGUUGGUAAUUCAACCUUAUACAUCAUUACACGACGUUGAGGAUCCAGUGCCUGUGGUACCAGAUCAAGUAAUCUCUCGCUGCAGAAGAUGUCGAUCUUAUAUCAAUCCUUUUGUCACCUUCCUUGACCAUGGUCACCGAUGGCGGUGUAACAUGUGCAAUCUCACGAAUGACGUACCGCAGGCAUUUGACUGGGAUGCUACAACCCAGAAGAGUCUCGAUCGAUGGCAAAGACCUGAUCUCAACCACGCUGUGGUAGAGUUUAUUGCUCCACAAGAAUACAUGGUCCGACCUCCACAGCCAUUGGUGUACUUGUUUCUUUUCGACGUGAGCUACGCCGCGGUCACGAGUGGACUACUUGCGACUACCGCCAGAUGUAUCAGGGAAAGUUUGGAUCGGAUACCAAACGCAGACCGCCGCACGCGACUCGGAUUCAUCGCUGUUGACUCAAGCCUACAUUUCUUUAACAUUCCUCGUGAUGGCACCGAGAAUGUGCAGACUAGCAUGCUGGUAGUCAGUGACUUGGAAGAGGCCUUCUUACCCACCCCUGCUGACUUGCUUGUGACCCUUUCUGAAUGCCGCGAGAACAUUGAGAGCUUCCUUGACAAGUUGCAAGAAAUGUUUCAGAAUACCCAAAAUGGAGCAUCGGCAAUGGGAUCGGCCCUUCGAGCUGGUCACAAAUUAAUCGGACCGGUUGGUGGGAAGAUGACUGUGGUAACGGCGUCACUUCCUAACAUUGGCCACGGUAAAUUGGAUAUGCGCGAGGACAAGAAGCUCUUAGGAACCAGCAAAGAAAGCAGUCUUCUCCAAACUGGCAACAGCUUCUAUAAGAGCUUCGCCGUUGAAUGUUCUAAGCAGCAAAUCUCGGUUGACAUGUUUUUGUUUUCAUCACAAUAUCAAGAUGUGGCAUCUCUGAGCAACCUUCCAAGGUACACUGGUGGACAAACGUACUUUUACCCUGGAUGGAACGCGGCAAGAGAGGAUGAUGCUAUGAAAUUUGCCAAAGAAUUUUCCGACUACCUAUCUUCGGAAAUUGGGCUGGAAGCAGUCCUCCGGGUUCGAGCCACAACAGGUUUGAGGAUGAGCACGUUCUAUGGCAACUUUUUCAACCGCAGCUCUGACCUAUGCGCAUUCCCCGCAUUCCCCAGGGAUCAGGCGUACGUGGUUGAGGUGGCUAUCGAUGAAACCAUUACCAAGCCAGUGGUGUGUAUGCAGACCGCGGUUUUACACACCACCUGCAAUGGCGAGCGACGAAUCCGUGUCAUGACGCUAGCCUUGCCAACCACCCAGCAAUUGGCCGACGUAUAUGCAUCGGCUGAUCAACAAGCCAUCACCACAUACUAUAGUCACAAAGCUGUUGAGCGUACUCUCAAUGGCGGGCUCGAAAGUGCGCGUGAUCUUAUACAGGGCAAGUUGAUCGAGCUUCUUGCAACAUACAAGAAAGAACUCGCAGGUGGCAGCAUGGGUGGAGGAGGUCUGCAGUUCCCUGCCAAUCUUCGAGCUCUGCCGGUAUUGUUCCUUGCGCUCACCAAGAACUUGGGAUUGCGAAAAUCCUCCCAGAUUCCAAGCGACAUGAGAUCUGCGGCUUUGUGCCUCCUCUCAACUUUGCCACUUCCAUUACUGAUCCAGUACAUGUAUCCCAAGUUGUUCUCCCUUCAUGACAUGCCCGACGAUGCCGGCACCGUGGAUGAAAAGACAGGCGAGAUAAUUCUCCCGCCGCCACAGAACCUGUCCUCGGAAAGAGUUGCACCUUAUGGACUAUAUCUGAUCGACGAUGGACAGACACAAUUUCUAUGGGUUGGUCGCGAUGCCGUACCACAGCUGAUCAUGGACGUCUUUGGUCUUCCAGACAAGAGUCAACUGAAAGUGGGAAAGCAACGCUUGCCCGAGUUGGACAAUGAUUUCAACGAACGAGUACGAGCAGUCAUCUCCAAAAGCCGCGACCAUCGGGCGAAAGGUGUUGGCAGCAUUAUAGUACCUCAUUUAUAUGUGGUCAAGGAAGAUGGUGAACCAGGACUGAGACUGUGGGCGCAAACAUUACUUGUGGAAGACCGUGCGGAUCAGGGAGUCAGUCUUCAACAGUGGAUGGGAAUGCUCCGUGAGAAGGUACAGUGA